AUAGGAAAACUGCAAGACUAUAAGUUUGCUGAAAAGUGUAUUUCUGUUAGAAGUCCAGAAUUUAACUUAUUGCCAUUUUUGUGUAAACGAUGCAUUUACAGCUUUCAUUUAUUUUAAAAAUAAGUCGAAAUAUCUAUCCUAGCUGGGCUUUGAUUUCAUAUAGAACGUUAAGUGGGAAUAGUUUGCAGAAAGGAUAUGCAACUACUUUCAGCCAUAACAGGCAUAAAGCAAAUUGCUUGACAAAUAUAAGAAAUUUUCAUGUCAGUUAUCCAAGAUCGGAUUUAAUGGAGUUUUUUGAUGACCCUAAAAAUUGGGGUGAACAAGAAGUCAGAACAGGACGAGCAUGGACAAUAGAUGAAUUACGAAUAAAAA